AUGAGAGCGCCGCGGAGACCGCAUCCGAUAUGGAACCCCUGGCGCCCCAGAAGGCUUCCACCGAGGAGAUCGACGCGGACACCUAUGCGGUGCCUGGGCCGGACGAGUCGAACACCUCAGUUUGUUAUUGGGCCCGUUCGGGAGGGUUCGAUUUUUAACACCGGGAGGGAUGGCGACGGGCUCGUGGGCAGGCGCGUGGAGGGCUCGACCGCGAAGAGAGCCACGGAAAUUGCCGCGGAGAACGCAUCCGAUUUGGAGCCCCCAGCGCCCGAGGAGCACGUGGCUGCAGAGGGCGUCGCAGAUGCCGCUGCGGAGAGGAGCCUGCCCUUACCCGAGGUGGAUGCGAAGCUCGCUGCUGGCGAGGAUGAGCCGCUUCCCUAUGUCGACGAGGGCGGUGUCGAGACGAGCCUGACCGAGGAGCAUGAGGAUGCGUCUCAGCAGGCGCCCCACGACGCGGCCCGGGAGGGCACCGUCGCGGGGGCAAUUUUGGAGGCCAGCCCAGAUCCCGACGCCACCUCGGAGGCCGACCGGCUGAAGGCCGAGCUGGAGAAGCCGAAGGCCGAGAACGACGCCUCGAAGCAGUCGGCCGAGCUGGAGACGCCGAGGGCCGAGAGCGAGGCGCCGGAGCGGGCGGCCGAGCCGAAGGCCGAGCGCGAGGCCCUGCAGCAGGAGCAGAGCAGAACUCCUCCCGGCCCGCCGAGGAGCAGCGCGGCUCGGCAGCGGGGUCUGCCGGGGAGG